CUCCACUCCACUCCACUGUCCACUCCACUCCGCACCACAGCCACACACUCCACACUCCACUCCAGCUCCGGCGCGCACGGCAGCUCCGGCAGCGGGACGGCGCUGGUAUCUCAGGGUUGAUGGCGGCAGAGAAGAAACCCCACCUGCAGCCGCCGGCGCUGUCGUGGUCGUCCAUCCCGCUGGAGCUGGCCGGCCUGGUGCUCGGCCUGCUCCCCGCGCAGGCCGACCGCGCCCGCUUCGCCGCGGUGUGCCCGCAGUGGCGUGCCGCCGCGAGGCAGCAGCAGCGGCUGCCCUCGCCGCUGCCGCUGAUCGCGCUCCCCGACGGCACCUUCUACAGCCUCCCCUAUACCAAGCCCUUCCGUUUCCCUGGCUGCGGCUUCGCCGGCUACCAGAGCGCCUGCGGCAGCUGGCUCGUCUUCCCCCGCGACGACGGCUGCUUCCUGGUCGACCCCUUCUCCAGGGAAACGGUGACGCUCCCUCCUCUCUCCAGCGUCCGGCUCCGGCCUCCGAAUGCAGUCGCGAAAUGGUCGUAUGAGCAUGGGGCAAAACUGGCCGACCCUUACCUCACAUGGAUGCAUGUGAAGGACUCGGAAGAGCUGCAUAUCAGUAAGCUAGUCCUGUGCUCGAAGAAUCUUGUUGCUGCCCUCGUCGGCAUUGGAUAUACCAGUCAGAUUCUGAUGUGCCAGCCAGGGGCCUUGUCGUGGUCGGUACGCGCGUACGAUCGGUGCAAGGGGUUUGAAGACAUGGCAUUCUACCGGGGCAAGCUCUACGCCCUCACCAAAGACGAGAACCUUCUUAUGGUGAACAUCAGCCAGGACCAUAGCACCGGUGAUCCACAGGUUUCUCGAUUUGGACAAGUCAUCAAGGGUGAUCCAUGGUUUUCAUACGUGUUCGGCACCACCACCAUGCUCUGCAAGAAGCUCUACCUGGUUGAAUCCUGUGGGGCAAUGCUGAUGGUACGCAGGACGAUUUUCUGCCGGGUUCCUGAUGACGGUGGAGCUGUUGCUGGACCAAGCGCGUUCGAGGUUUUCAAGGCUGACUUUGAGCAUUCAGGAUGGGUCAAGGUGUCGACGGUGGGGGCUGACCAGGUGUUGUUUCUAGGGCGAAGGUGCUCCAGGUCAUUGCCCUUCUCUCAGUAUGGGGUCCCGGGUGAUCACAUCUUGUUUUUGGACGAUGAUGAGAAAAAUCGUACGGAGUAUGGCUAUGCCGAUGAGAACACUUCUUACGGCACCUAUGCGAUGGGAUCCGGCAGGUACCGUUCUGUUCAUCCAGACAUUUCCUGGAAGCGUGGCGAUGAAAUGCAUCUGGCAGCAUGGCUCUUCCCUCAUGAUUGAAGCACUGUUAUUUCUAUGCAAGCUGUUACCAGGCUAUCUGACCGUGCUAUUAUAGGCUAUCUGACCGUGCUAUAGAUGUUGUUCAGUGGUUAUUUUGCAAGCUGCUACCAGGUUAUCUGACCAUGCUAUAGAUGUUGUUGUUCAGUGGUUAUUUUGCAAGCUGCUCACAUGUUAUCUAUCUGACCGUGGUAUGUAUGGUGGUUGGUGUGGUGUUCAGUGGAAACCAUGCAAGACAUGAAAUGCAUUAGUACUCCCUC